AUCUAUUAUCUCACGCCCUUUGUAGUGCUCCUGCGUAGAAACUAGGAAGCCGUUUGGUAGUUAGUCGAUGUCUAAGCAGCGACCAGCUUAUUUGGCAACCGGAGAAGCAGCGGGCAGGGCUGCGAAGGGAUCUCCGGGAAUCCUUACAAGACUCGCGGGGUAAAUAAACUACACCUCGGCGCGCGGUGAUCCCAGGAAACGCGGCUAGUGCGCGUCUCCGCUUCUCAGGGCAAGGAUGUCUGAGGAGGCGGUGCGCCAAACACGCAGCCAGAAGAGGGCACUGGAGCGAGAAGCACCAGCCCUCGAUGGAGACACGAAGCGAGUAAAGCUAGAAAAAGGGGAGCUUGGUUCUAGCAAAGUGGCAAACAUCCUAAAGUCUGGGGAGGUAAAAGCCACCAUCAAAGUGGAGGUGGAGGCAGAAGAUGAGCCAGUGGACAUGAGGACUCCCCGCAGUGAAAUAAAAAAAGAGAGGCCCCCAACACCAGAUGAUGUAAUUGUUUUGUCAGACAACGAGCCUGGGAGUCCACAAAUGAAUGGAAUCGGCCACGGCUUGAAGAAAACAGACACAGACAUGCUCAUGAAGAGUAGCCCUGAAGAGCGGGAUAAGUUUAUCAAGCAGCUAAAGGAGGAGUUACGUUUGCAAGAGGCCAAACUGGUGCUGCUCAAGAAACUCCGUCAGAGCCAGAUCCAGAAAGAGAGUGUUGUACAGAAGACAACCAAUUCCACAUCUAAUCCCCCACCUCUUGUAAGAGGCAGCAUUUCAUCUGGUAAAGCCCCACUGCAGGUUACAUCUAGUAGACCCUCAGGCACAGUCAUUCCUCCUCCUUUGGUGCGAGGUGGUGCACAAGUUUCCAAGCAUACAUCGAUAGUAAUGCCACCAUUAGUCAGAGGCUCACAGCCCAUUGCUGUAACUCCUCAGCAGAUAGCCACAUUGCGGCAGCAGCAGCAGCAGCACUCGGGCUCUGGUCCUCCUCCAUUGCUGUUGGGUCCUCGCACCUCUGUGCCCAAUGUUCAGGUGCAGGGUCAGAGAAUCAUCCAGCAAGGCCUGAUUCGUGUGGCUAAUGUAGCCAACACUAACAACCUGGUCAACAUCCCACAGGGCUCACCCACUGGGUUAAAGGGUUCAUCAGUCUCCUCCCAGUCAGGCAUUGGCACCAACGCCUCUACGAUAAAUGCCAAUGACUCCCCUGCCAGCCGACAAGCUGCUGCCAAACUGGCCCUGCGGAAGCAGCUGGAAAAAACCCUGCUGGAGAUCCCUCCUCCAAAACCUCCUGCACCAGAGCUUAACUUCCUUCCAUCAGCUGCCAAUAAUGAGUUUAUCUACCUGGUGGGACUGGAGAUGGUGGUGCAGAAUCUGUUGGAUCUGGCUAAAAGUAAACAGCAGUCUAAACAGGACAGCCCCUUAAUAGAAUCACCAGUGAAAGAGCCAUUUACGUGUGCGCAGUGCCACACAGACUUCACCUCACGCUGGAGGGAGGACAAGAGUAACAGUUCGAUCCUGUGUGAGCAGUGUAUGAGUUCCAACCAAAAGAAGGCCCUGAAGGCUGAGCACACAAACCGCUUAAAGGCAGCUUUUGUUAAGGCCUUGCAGCAGGAGCAAGAGAUCGAGCAGCGCAUCCUUCAGCAGACUUCCUCAUCCUCUCUAAAGAGCUCAGCUGCUUCCUCAUCAUCCUUACCAGUGGUAAAAUCGGAGCACCGCAUACUGGUGUCUCCACAGUAUAAAACAGGACGAUCCUCACAUCAGCAGCAGUCAAGCAGGGCAACAGCAAUCAGCUACCACUCCAGCACCAUCAAGCAGAGUCCAGGACAAGUGGUGCGUAAUGUCCCUCAGGCAGUGGUCAGUGUAAAUUCACGUGGAAUGAGCCGCAACUUCUCAUCAUCCAGUCAGCUGCAGAAUGUUGUCAAUGCUGCCGCACUGGUCAGCAGGCCAGGUAAGCAUGCUGGGAGGGCUGGGCCAAAUAGCAGCAGAACCACCAGCAGCAGCAGUAGGCCCACAACCAGUGUCUGGAGGAAACAGAGCAGCACUCCCACAGGUGUCACUAUGGCCUAUGUCAACCCGAGUCUUUCUGUACUCAAGACAACGUCUCAAGCAGAUCGUCAGCGGGAGUAUCUCCUUGACAUGAUCCCAUCCCGCUCCAUCUCCCAGACUACAAAUAAUUGGAAAUAAUGCCUCCCUCUAUUGUCGCUGCUCCUUCACUGAUCUCUCAUGCUAUAAGUUCUGGACAGCAGUUGGAUAUUAAAAUCAGAAGACCAACUACCAAGCAAUAAAAGCAUUCUUUCAAACUCUUAGUUUUACUGAGGACCUCUUGUCCAACCAGAAAUAAUCCUCUGACACAGCAAGUCCUGAGAGACCUUUGGAAGGAUCAGAUUUAACACACAGACACAUACAUGCACAUGCACACGCACAUGCACACGCACAUGCACACGCACACGCACACGCACACGCACACGCACACGCACACGCACACGCACACACGCACACACACACACAGAGUGUCGAACAGGAGUUUUGUGCUUCAGGUCUAUUUAUAUGCCCCGUUUGCUGCAGUCUCUGCUACAGCCACACUGGUGAUGUCUGUCGCUCACUGGUCUCCAUCAUGUUUGUGUUUCUGCUGCAGUUGGGAUUCUUUUGGUAUACAAAUUCAAUAGUUAACUCCUUCAUUUUAGCACACAUGCCUUCUUCCUCUUAAAUAAGCAGGAGGUACCCAGGCUACACAGGAUUUUCCUUUUUUCCCCCCUCUUUUGGAUUCUAAGGACCUAAGAUCUAAGACUGCUUCGGCUUUGUAAAAAAAAUAGAUUUUCAGUGUGGCUUACACAUGCUGUCUCUUAAACAGUACUAUGACAAUACUAUGGGAGUACAAAAUAUGUAAUACUGAUUCAUUAUUUUUUGGACUUACUCUCCCCUUACAUCCCCUUUUGAGCAGUCCUGUUUUGAGGGCCAGCAUGUAAAAGGUAUUGUUAAUACUGUUAAGGUGGUUUUACAUCUGCCAGUUUAGUGUGUAUUUUUAAAUGCUAAGAUAAGCUUAAAAGAUGUAACCAAGUUUUUUUUUUUUGUGGUUUUGGGGUGGGAGUGCGGGUGGGUUAAGAGGCAGGGGCUUGGCACCACCACAAUGGGACUACUAUUUGUAUUGUUUUGUUUUGAAUUUGCAUCCUCAUCAGCUCUUCUUGAAAUCAUGAACUCUGUCGUGAUUUUCCAGAGCAAAAGGGACAAGGUUGGGACUUGGGGAAACUUUUGGUUAAGUGUGUUGAGUGUUGUUGUUUUUUUUUCUCCUCCACUUUCAUUGUUUCUUUUUAAUGCUUUUAGGUUACGUUGGUUAAUGGGGAUAUUUAAAACUGUACAUGGUUGUGCUUCACUUUAAAUGAAGGAUAAUUCAGUGGCCUAGACUGUUUGAACUACUUGAUCAUCAUAGUUUUUUAUAAGAAAUUUCAAACAUUCAGUUAAAGACUAAAUGAAAAAAAAAAAAACAGGAAUGCCUGGAAUGCCUUUUUAUAAACAUGUCAGAAGCUGA